AAAGAAUCUCUUUUUAUUUUAUUUAACCUUUCGUUUUCUAUCUUUUGUUUGUUGAUUGGGACAUUUCUCUGUUUCUUCCUCUGUGACACAAGAUCUCACUGCUGCAAUCUUUUUUUAUUUCUUUCAUUAUUGAAUGGCACUUGCAUAAAUUCUCUGUUCCUUUUUCCAAGAUUUCUGAUAGCAGAAAAAAAAGGAAGAAAGAGGAAACAUGGCAAUAUCUAUACAAAAUCUAAUCAAAGAAAAGAAAUUCCCUUUCAUAUUCACUUUCUUUAUAUUACUAAUAUGUGGAACUUUCUUUUUGUACACAAAUGACACUCCUUUUCCUUAUUUCUCUGUCUCUGAUCUCCAAAAACAAUCAUACCCAUCUCCCUCCUCAUCUUCCUCUCCUCCUCCAACACCCAACCCACCUCAAAAAGCGGCCCUUUCACCCACCACUGAUGAUAACGAUAAUGACAAUGAUGAUAGGAUUGGAGAGAGUAUUAACUGGGAGUUGUGUAGAGGAGAUGUGGCUGUGGAUUAUAUACCUUGUUUGGAUAAUGCAAAGGCUAUUAAAGAAUUGCAAUCAAGAAGGCAUAUGGAACAUAGAGAGAGGCACUGUCCUAAGCCUAGUCCUAGGUGUUUGGUGCCUUUGCCUAAAGGGUAUAAAGUGCCUGUUUCAUGGCCUAAGAGUAGGGACAUGAUUUGGUAUGAUAAUGUCCCACACCCUAAGCUUGUUGAAUAUAAGAAGGAUCAAAACUGGGUGCGCAAGGAAGGUGAUUAUCUUGUUUUUCCAGGUGGUGGUACUCAAUUUAAGGAUGGAGUUACUAACUACAUCAAUUUCAUUGAAAAGACUUUGCCAAUUAUCCAAUGGGGAAGGCGCACAAGGGUAGUUUUGGAUGUUGGUUGUGGAGUUGCAAGCUUUGGUGGCUAUUUGCUGGAUAAAGAAGUAAUUACCAUGUCAUUUGCUCCAAAGGAUGAACACGAGGCUCAGAUACAGUUUGCUCUGGAGCGAGGGAUUCCUGCUACACUGUCUGUCAUCGGCACACAAAAGCUAACUUACCCCGACAACGCAUUUGAUAUGAUUCAUUGUGCACGAUGCAGGGUUCAUUGGGAUGCAGAUGGUGGAAAACCACUAAUUGAGCUUAACAGGAUACUUAGACCUGGAGGUUUCUUUGUAUGGUCUGCUACACCAGUGUACCGUGAUGAUGAGAGAGAUCACAAUGUUUGGAAUGCUAUGGUAGCUUUGACAAAUUCUAUGUGCUGGAAGAAUGUAACCAAGACUAUGGAUUCAUCUGGAAUUGGGCUUGUAAUUUAUCAGAAGCCUGUCUUACCUUCAUGCUAUGAGAAACGCCAAGAAAAUGAUCCUCCUUUGUGUGAUCAGAAAGAUACACAGAAUGUUUCAUGGUAUGUGCCUAUUAAUAGAUGUCUUUCGAGACUUCCAAUGGAUAGCCAAGGUAACGCAAUGAGCUGGCCUGCAGGAUGGCCCUAUAGGCUUAACACCGUGCCUCCAAGCCUAUUAACUGGAUCAGAUGCUGUAGAAAUAUUUUAUGAGGAUACCAGACAUUGGUCGGUACUUGUAUCUGAUGUGUAUCUGAAUGCACCUGCUAUAAACUGGACAAGCGUGCGGAAUAUAAUGGAUAUGAAUGCUGGCUAUGGAGGAUUUGCUGCAGCACUAGUUGAUCUUCCUUACUGGGUUAUGAAUGUUGUCCCAUUUGACAGUCAAGAUACACUGCCUGUUAUUUUGGACAGAGGGUUGAUUGGAAUUUAUCAUGACUGGUGUGAAUCAUUUAAUACUUAUCCGCGAACAUAUGACUUAUUACAUUCCAGCUUCCUCUUCAAAAAUCUAACACAAAGGUGUGACAUCAUAGAAGUAGUCGCGGAGAUUGAUCGCAUUGUGAGACCUGGUGGAUAUGUUGUGAUUCAAGAUACCAUGGAGAUGAUUCAAAAGCUUAGUUCCAUGUUGAGUUCUCUUCGGUGGUCAACAAGUCUGUAUCAAGGGCAAUUUCUCAUUGGCAGGAAAGGAUUCUGGCGCCCCAGCUGAUGCCAAAACCAAAGCUUACCAAUUAUGAUGCUACUUCCACUUGCAAUUGCACUUUAGAGUUUUGAUAGAAAACGAAAGCUAUAAAUGAUUCUUUUUGCACAAUUUUAGCUCAGAAAUCUAAAUCUAAAUCUAUGUCUAUUCCUCUCCUCUAUCAGUUGACUGCUUUUUAAAGUGUAAAUCAAAUGAAGAUAUCAUAGGAACACCAAAGGAAUUGUAUUGAUUGAUUCAGCUAUACAAGACUUGUGUGAUGCUUGCUUGUUCUUCAUUAAA